ACCGGGAAAUCUUAUGAGCCUUUGUCUCUUCAUUAUUUAGUAUUAUUGUUGUUCUUUUUUUAAAAAAAUAUUGUUAAAAUGAUUUCUGACAGUGAAUUACUCCGGCAGGAACCUAAAAUGGGUGAUCUUUUUUUCUGGAGGGACGCUAGCGACAACAUUCAAAUGAAUGUUAUGACAGAACAGGACAUUACAAAGAAUCUAACACAAAUUUAUUUCUCCCUUCUACUUGAUCGACAUGGGGAUAUGCGGGAUAUGACGGUGAAUAAGGUCACCGGGGAUGUCUGUCUUGUGAGCAUGGCAGGAUUGGUUACCUCAAACUUUAAUAGCGACCCUUUAAACCUUGACGGCUGCAAAGUAAAAGAACUGGAACAACAAUGGGGGUGGAAGGUGGUUUCCAAAAGGACAUACUCUUUCCAUAUAUAUUCUGAUGAUUCAUGGGUCGCUGACCAACUUAAAUCCGUUAUCCGGAGAAAGUUUGGAGUUCUCUGCGCACGUGACCCGUAUAGUGCAGAAGUAGUGUUAGCCAAACAUACGGGAACGAUUUAUGAACACUUGCGAAAAUUUCUUCCUCGUCUUCCUCAAAUUAGAGAGGAUUACUUUAACAAUCCUCCUCCUCCUCCUCCUGACAAAUUAGAAAACGCUCGUCCACCCCCACCGAUGCAAGAAGAACGCAAGUGUGAAUUGUGUCGCGUAGUUUUUACAAAAAAUCACGUAACUCCUGCGCAACAUAUGGAAAUAUGCCAUUACUCUGGUCCCAAUGCAUUGACCUGUGAUCUUUGCCCAUGUUCGUUUGCAACAUCGUCGAGCUUACAUGUUCACAGAGGCAAUACUCACGUAGGGGCGGAACCUCAAAAGCGGAGUGUCUACGGUAUCCCUGAUUUCAGUGAUGAGGACACGGGCAAAUGCGAUGCCCACUUCGAGAGUAUCCCAUUAGAGGAAGGUUCAAAGGCCACAAAAUAUAAAUGCACCUGGGUUGGAGAAAAUGGACAGAAAUGUGGGAAAGUGAAUAAUGGGUUAAACCCUACACGUGAACACGCCUGCACCCAUUUAAACCUUAAGCCGUUUACAUGUCCGGCGACUAGAUGCCCUUACUCCUCUUCGUUUUAUAACAACGUUGUUCGCCAUUUCAAAGGUCAGCAUGAGGGACAACAAGACCAAGACGACGAAGAGUCUGAUGAACAACCAGACGAACCUCCAAAGAAGAAGAAAAAAUCUCAAGUUCAACCGUAUAAGCGAAAAAGCUGUUAAUUGAUUAUCGGAAUUUUCA